CUUCAAUUUUUAUAAAUAAGUUUGGCCCCAUUUACAAUCCCCAUCACUAAAAUCAAACUAAGAGAAAAGGAAACCCAGAAAUUCCCUUUUUUCAAUUUUUUGGGCUCAAAACCAAGUGGAGAGGACGAGAAAAAAGGAAGAAAGAAAGAAAAAAAACAAUGGGUUUUGCUUCAUUUGUUGGACGAGUUUGCUUUGCUUCCAUUUUCAUUCUAUCAGCUUGGCAAAUGUUCAAUGAGUUCGGGGUCGAUGGCGGGUCUGCAGGAAAGGAGUUGGCACCAAAGCUUAAUCUUGCUAAGAAACAUUUAUCUUCACAAUUCCAUGUAAAUUUUCCGGAUAUCGAAACCUUUUUCCUCACACAGGUUAGACAAUUAGUUUUAACUGCUAUUGCUAUGAAAGGACUUGGUGCUAUUCUCUUUGUAUUCGGCCAUGGUUUUGGAGCUUUCCUCCUGAUCGUGUAUUUGCUGGUUAGCACUCCUAUUCUCCAUGACUUCUACAACUACGGCCCCGACGAGCCCAGAUACAAUAUUCUGCUCGGUGAUUUCUUGCAGUGUGUUGCACAAUGCGGUGCGUUAAUUUUCUUCUGGGGAAUGAAGAACUCGAUAACAAAGAGGCGGAAGAAGAAAGCCCUGAAGUCGAAAACUGCUUAGUUUAUAUCCAAGAGGUAGCUGGUGAAGAUAGUUGCAGUGCCAGAUAAUAUUUUGCAGGUCUAUCCGUUACUAAAAGAAUUUUAUUUUUAGUUGAUUCACUAAACGUUUCUUUUGCCCCCUUGUUCAUUUACGCUGGCAAUUCGAUUUCAGUUCAAAAGUAGGGUUUAAUGAAUACUCCUAUUGGAUUCAAAAGUAGGGAAAUUUUCGGGCUUCGGAUUUCCUUAUUGUUUUCCAUUUCAUCUUUAGAUUAUUUAAGCACACACCUCUUCCAGGCUACAUUCAUUGUUCUUGUUCCGAUUGUUUUCAAUUCAUCAAACAUUGAUCUCUUCGUUCAUCUAAA